GCCAACAUUGGCUGUUGAGUUUUUCUUCAAUGAUAAAUAAAAUAUUUACAGGAUUUGCUUGUCUUGAUUUUAAUCUCUAUCAGUAUACUUCACUCCAAAAAGUAGCAGGUCUUGUGACUAAUUUAUGCUGCGUCCUAUUUCCUAUUUUGUUUUCAAGAAUAUUUUCUAUCUUUUCCAUUUAAUAUCUUUUGUAAUUUUUUAACAUUUUAAAUUUCAGCAUUGUAGAAAAUGAACCAAAAUUACAAAGCAAGCUAAUUAAAACUAAACCAAAAAAAAAAAAAAAAAAAAAAUCACAGUCCCCAUGUCUUAACUCUUGAAAUCCGACUUACAAAGGAAUUGUGUAUAUUAACUUUUCCCUUCUCUCUCCCCGCCCCGCCCACAAAUGCUUUUGAUUUGAGCAAGAAUAACCUUCAGAUCCCUUGUAAUUUUUAUAUUCGCCUAAGUUUCUCCGGUUAUUACCACCCCUACAGAUCUUCAUCCCCCAAAAAGAAAGGAUUUCCUUCCCCGCCCCCACAAAAACAGCCUACACUAGAACUAAGACCCAGGGAAGUUGGUUUCUGGCAGGAGGAAGGUGCAUUGCCCUUUAAAUGUGUAUCAAAUCCUUUCUCCAGUGCUUUCACGACAACCCGGCCUAUGCCUAUGCAUUGCCAGGGAGAGCAGCUGCUGGCUGGUGCCAGUCAGAUCCCUGCUUUUAUAAUAGCUAGGCCAGUAGCUGAAGACUCCCGAGACUAUUGGAAUUGGUUAGAACGCCUUCGGUGAAUUCUACGACUCGGUCUUCUCUCUCUCCCUCUUUCCCCCCCAUCACCCCACCCAGCUAGCCGGCUUCUGAAUCUGACUCCUCCAGCUUCACCCCCAAAGCCGAACCCAGAUUUUUGUUCACGUGCUGUCUGCCGGCACCCUCUCGGAAGGGCUGGCCCACGGUAACUCCUCCUGCUUGUGGUGAAACCAGAAACUGAGCUACAGGCAUAGAUUGGAUCAGCAUUGAAGGGAAAUUCCCAAGGGUCUUUACGCAGGCAGGUCUCUGUUCUGAUCAUGUCCUCUAUUAAGAUUGAGACCGUUGUUCAGGACACCAACAGGUGUGGAGAAUCUCCAGUGUGGGAGGAAAAAUCCAAUAGUCUCCUAUAUGUGGAUAUUCCAUCUAAGAAGAUUUGCCGAUGGAACUCACUCACCAAGCAAGUGCAGGAAGUUAUUGUAGAUAGUCCAGUCAGCUCUGUGGCCAUUCGACAAUCCGGUGGAUAUGUUGCAACAGUAGGGACUCGGUUCUGUGCUUUGAACUGGGAGGACCAAUCAUUAUCUGACCUCUUUUCUGUGGAUAAAGAUAAGAAAAACAACCGGUUCAAUGAUGGAAAGGUGGAUCCAGCUGGGAGAUACUUUGCUGGUACCAUGAGUGAGGAGAUUGCCCCUGCAGUACUGGAGAGGCACCAAGGUUCCCUCUAUGCUCUCUUUCCCAAUGGCAUUGCAGAGAAGUACUUUGAUAAUGUGGACAUCUCCAAUGGCUUGGAUUGGUCCUUGGAUCAUAAAAUCUUCUAUUACAUUGAUAGCCUGUCUUACUCUGUGGAUGCCUUUGAUUAUGACUUACAGACAGGAAAAAUCGCUAACCGCAGAAGUGUGUACAAGAUGGAAAAGGAAGAACACAUUCCAGAUGGAAUGUGCAUUGAUACUGAAGGAAAGCUCUGGGUGGCUUGUUACAAUGGAGGGAGAGUGAUCCGGUUAGAUCCAGAGACAGGAAAAAGACUUCAAACAGUAAAGCUACCUGUUGAAAAAACAACUUCCUGCUGUUUUGGAGGAAAAGAUUAUUCUGAAUUAUAUGUGACCUCUGCCAGGGACGGCCUGGAUGCUGAUGAACUUUCAAGACAACCUGAUACAGGAAAGAUUUUCAAGAUAACUGGUCUGGGUGUAAAAGGAAUUGCCCCGUUUCCUUUUGCUGGAUAAAUCUUGAACCCAUACAGGAGUAAUUUUCCCAGCUCUUUCUAUUUACUGGAAUCCUUUGCCAGAUUUGGAUUCAAGGAGAAAAUGCCAAAAAAUGAAUGGUUUGAUCUUUAUUUGAGAUAAUAUCUAAGGGUCACAUUGGAAUUGAUGAGUUUUUGGGGCUGGUUAUUUUGUCCUGCUAAAUAAAGAGGCCCAAGAGCACCUUGUGAUGUGCAUGCUUCAUACCUUUUCAUGAGCAGUUAUAUGAUAUUUAAUCACUUCUGUCAAUAUACUAUAAAAUCUUCAGCAAAGAAGGCUGUGAAAUUGCUAAGGAUUAUUCUUGAAGCGGGACCACAUUAGUUCUUCUAUUUUGUAAUUAUAAAAAGAUCUAGGACAUGAUCUGUGCCCAAUAAAUAUCAAUCUACUUGCA